AUGCAGACGGCGGGUGGUUCGGUCUUUCUGGCUCUGCUCAUGUCAGUGGCUUUUGGUGCUGCAGAGGCCAUUCGAACUUUAAAAGAAGGACCCAUGAUCGAUGCAGAGGGGAGAGAAUAUAAAUCUGCUCCACUGAGAACUGAUCCAUGGACUGCUGACUCGGCUGUCCGUGUGCGGUGCACGGACGCGUCCAUGAUCGUCGUGGUGAAGGCUGACCUGUACCACAACGGCCGGCUCGUGUCCCCUGGAGAGCUCUUCCUGGGACAGUCGGAGCGUUCAGGGAGCAGGCGGUGUCGAGCUGCUGCCGCCAGCGGCGCCGGUGAAUAUGUGAUUGAAGCCGACCUGCAGGACUGCGGCGCUAAACUAUCUAUAUCUGAGGACUCAGUGAUCUACUCCAACGUGCUGACAUUCUCCCCGGCUGUGGGUCGCCAUGGCAUCACAAGGACCACUCAUGCUGCAGUCCCUGUUUCCUGCCACUACAAAAGGACCCACGUCGUGAGCAGCAGCGCUCAGCAGCAGCAGCAGCCUCUCACCGUCUCCACAAAGGACUCAGCAGGCAGCUCUGCUUUCUCUCUGAGGCUGAUGGCUGAUGACUGGACAAGCGAGCUGUUCUCCAACAGCUUCUACCUCGGAGACGUCCUGCACCUCGAGGCGUCUUACGCUGGUCCAGGACGGAGGCGGCUCUACAUCGACAGCUGUGUGGCCACUCUGACGCCGGACGCAGCGUCUGUCCCCAGAUACUACUUCAUAGGAAACAAUGGGUGCCUCACUGAUGCAAAAGAAGAAGCAUCAAAGGCACUGUUCCGACCCAGACUGAGGGCCGAGGUGCUUCAGCUGCAGCUCGACACCUUCCUCUUCCAAAAGCAUUCAAGGAACUCGAUAUUUAUAACUUGCCAACUGAAAGCGACACCUGAAGUAUGGAUGAGCAGCUCCAUGAAUAAAGCCUGCAACUACAUCCAGUCAAGGUGGAGAAACGUGGACGGCGAUGACGCUGCAUGUCGGUGUUGUGACAGCAGCUGCCACACGAGGCCGCCCACACGUAUCGCUCUUUGUGGCACCGUGACUCUCGGACCGCUGAUGAUUUCUCCCCGCAAGUAA